UACUCAUUUCCGACAUAGACUGUCCCACACAUGAAAGGGGUAACAUGUUAGACCUCAGUUUCGCCUUAAGCCCUCUGGCACUCACAGGAGCCAAAGCUAGCAUAGUGAGCCACUUAGAUGCUACCUCUGAUCAUCAACCACUAAUUACCACUGUUCCAUGGGAUCAGAGAUACAAGGAAACAGCUCAGAAACUGAGAUUUGACACACUAGACCACACCUCCUUCCUCUCACUUCUUGCCUCUAAUCUCGCUGACAUCGAGAGCUCAGCCGCAAUAGAAGAAGAUCUUGAUGCCCUUGCUGAAAAACUGACAUCUGCAAUUCAAGGAGUAUAUAGAGGCUCUGCUAAGAGGACUAUAAUACAAGGCAUAGGACAACCAUGGUGGAACGAAGACUGCAAGAAAGCUUUACACAAUUACCGCUUAGGCCUCUGCUCAAAGACAGACUUCCGCAGGAUAACUAGAUGGUCUCAACGACAAUUUUGGCGAGAGAAGCUCUCUACGGUAACACAAAUGAAGGAUGUUUUUGAUAUAAUUACUGUACACGAGAAACGAGACGUACUAGUCCGAAAUCUUCUCCAGAACUCGGCAGAGGCAGGAGACAUACCUCUGGACUCCCCAGUGCCUUCCACUAGUCUCUACUUCCCAGAUAUAUCGAUGCUACAAGUGGAGGAGUCAGUACUUCAGGCAGGAAACACAGCCCCUGGCGCAGAUGAAAUCCCAACCUGCAUACUCAAAGUAGCCUGGCCUCUGAUCAAAGAUAAGCAAUCAUCUAGAAACCAAAAAAGACUGAUUAGUCUUCACCUAGAUCAUACAGACCAAUUGCUCUCCUAUCAGUACUUGGCAAAGGACUGGAGCGCUUGGUGGCACGGAAUAUGGCAUGGAUCUCUAUACACUAUAAA